AUGGGUAAUAAAAAAAGAAAAUUAAAUAAAGAUGGAGAAGAAGAUUUUGAAUUUGAUCCUACUCCAAGACAUUUAAUUGAUGCUCAUAUAAAAGAACAAGAAAAACGUUUAAUUGUCAUUUUAGAAGGAGCUCAAUUAGAAUCAAUUGCUGUAGGUAGAGGUUUUGAAUUAAUUAAUGCCGAUGAUCAUGCUUCUUUACUUGUCAAACACAAUAGGGAACCAUAUUCUUGUAGGCCUGAUAUUGUUCAUCAGUGUCUCAUGAUGCUUCUUGACAGUCCACUUAACAGAGCUGCUUUAUUACAGGUUUACAUUCACACAGAAAGAAAUAUUUUAAUCGAAGUUAAUCCUCAGACGAGAAUUCCUAGAACAUUUAAAAGAUUUGCUGGAUUAAUGGUUCAACUUCUUCACAGAUUUAAAGUUCGAGCUUCUGAUGGUAACAUGAAACUUCUCAAAGUUAUUAAAAAUCCAAUAACAGAUCACUUCCCAGCAGGAUGUAAAAAAUAUACAAUGUCUUUUACUGCUGAUAAAGUAAUCAAUCCGAGAGAAUUAGUUCCUGAAAAAGAUCCUGUCGUUAUUGUUAUUGGAGCAAUGGCUCACGGUUCGGUUUCAGUAGAUUAUACAGAAGGUAGUUAUAGUAUAUCAAAUUAUCCUUUAUCUGCUGCUUUGACAUGUAGUAAAGUGUGUUCGGCUUUCGAAGAAGUUUGGGGAAUUAUUUGA